AUGAAAUCAAUACCUAUAUCCAUUGUUUUCUGGUGUGCAUUUAAACUCCAAAACAAUAAAAUACGUGGAAUGAAUACACUGAUGUUCAUGAUUAUAUAUUAUUUGUUACCAAUCGUACUUUCUCGUCCAGUUAGACAGCCAAUAUUGGGUGAUCAACAAAAACUAUCUUCUCAAAGAAACUUUGUUUUUCAUACUCCAAAAUCUUCAACUGGUACAGAAAAAGGUAUUUUAAAUUAUGCAGUUGAAAUGACUGAUAAUGUGCAUAACUUGGACGGCUCUAUGUUUAUUGAUUCUAUUGAUUGUUCAAAAGAAAACAUGCUCAAAAUUGUAACAACUUCAAAAACAAUAGAAAAUUGGAAAGAAGAUGAUUUGAUUUCUGGAUCUUCGAUGUGGGGUUGUGAAAAUCUUAAUCGUCGUGUCAAAUCUCUUGAUCUUCAAUACGAAGAAAAUGGGUAUUUUGGAUACAUUAUGAAAACAUCUAAUGCUGAUAUUAAAGAAUAUUUUACAAAAGCCAGAGUUCGAUAUUCUAGUGGAGACGAUGAUGAAGAAGUGCAAAUUCAUCCUCCAGUGGAACACCACAACACCACCCAAAACCCAGGUAAUAAUCAAUUGAUUCAAAGUACAUGGAGUGACAGUCAAGAAAAUGAAUUUAAGUUUCUCAAAGGAACAAGAAAGAGUGAAGAUUAUAUUGAAGAAGCCGAGCCUUUAAUCGGAAACGUCUUUUAUCGUGGAGACAAAAUUACAGUAAAAUUCAAAACCUUUGCAAAAUGUCAAAAUACCGACUUGUCUAUUCGUUGGAAAAUCAAAAAACACAUUUCUUUGAAACAAGACGAAGCUAUCAUGUUUUUCACUUCGACAGUUUCAAAAGAACACAAUGACGGAAGUGUUAUUGCAGAAGAAAUGGUGUUGGACUCAACAGAAUUGGCCGAAUAUGCGUAUAUAAGUAUGAGUGUGACAUGUAUGGGUACUGAGUACAAAUACUAUCUAAGCAAAUACUUUUCAUACAAUGUAAUUCCUGAAAUAAUAGUCACAUCGCCUUCUGUUGGAAAAGCUUAUCAAUUACAAGACACAAUCACUUUUGAAUGGGAAUAUACAAAUGAAAUGAUUCAAAAGUACCCCACAAUAACCUUGAUUGUAUUUGAAUGUGGCAAGGUUUCAUGCAACAAAGUGACUUCAAAAAAAUACCUCAACGAAGAAGUCCAAACAAAGCUGAAACAGUUUACUUGGCAAAUCGACAAAAACAUCGUCAAAGACACGGACUUGGUUCUUCAAAUUGACUACAAUUGCAACUUUGCUUUUUCUUCAUGGUGUGAAUAUGCUAUCAGUCCCAUGUUUCAGGUACUUUCUCCUACUUCAAGUGCAGACCAAGUUACCAUCACAGAUCCCGAAGUUGGAAAUUUGUAUCAAAGUGGAGAACAAUUAUGUGUUCAUUGGACAUAUGAAGAAAACAUGGAAGAUGAAUUGGUUAUAAUAGAAUUAAAAAAGGAUGUUUUUGGACUGGAUCCCACUUAUUAUCAGGGAUACACGAACUUACACAGUAAAGUGGGUUGUUUUGAGAUCCCUCCAGUUUCUGGUUCAUCGGACUUCUAUACCCAAAUGAGAUUCAAGUGUGGACUCUUCUUUUGUAAAUUGGCUGUUGGAAAUUACAUAACAAUCAACCAAGAAAGAAAGAUCCGUUUUGAGCACGGGUCUGCCAAAAGUCCUUACAAGUCGAUAGACAUCACUUUUGGUGUUGACAAACCAAUCAGUGACAAAUUUUACAUUUCGGUGAAACAAAAAUAUCCAAACUUUCUGGUUGUCCAACCACCCAUUGUUCUUCAGACAUUUUACGGUCCAGAUUACGUCCCCGGCCAAAGGUACAACACAACCUUAGUGUUUAAAAAAGAAAGUCCAUUCAAAUUAUUUGUAUCUAUCCAGUACGACUGUUUAAUUGGGAAAUUUAUGUGCAAAACAGAGCGAUCGCGAUAUUUCAGUAUUGAAACAACGUCGAGUGGAGGUUGGAACGACCCCAACGACCCCUCUGGGUUUAGAAAGAAGAUACCCCUUUUCGAUUUAAGUUGCAGAAACGUAGCAAAAUCAACAAACCCCAUUGGUGUUGCUUUGAAAAAGUUGUGCUCACAGAGCACACAAUACAUUGCUCUGGACGCUGGAAUUAAAACUACUUGUGAAAACUGUUACGCCAUUGCUAAGUUCAAAUUGAAAAAUUUUGAAUUUGAUCUUUCGUUUGCUGGGGUCUCGCGAAUGUCUGCAGACAUUGUGAUGGACACAACAUUGAGUUUCAACACUGUUAACCAGUUCAACAUCAAACUUAGGUCCAGUCAACAGAUUCCCAUCUUCGACUUAAAAGAGCUUGGUAUACCCUCUUUCCAACUCCAAAUAGGAUCUUACCUGUUAUCAAUUGGUCCCAUUCUCUCGGCCAAUUAUGUGUAUAAUUUUGACUUCAGUAUAUUUGCAAAGCUCCUUACAAAAUACACGGUGAAUUACCAAUUCAAAUUAAAUUACAAUAAUUUCGCCAAGAACCCACUUAUUUAUGAAAUUGUCAAAAAGGAGACAAAAGGUGAGAUCGGUUAUGAAGGGGGUGCAGCCUUAAAUGUAGACUUUGGACUUAAGCUCCAGGUUGGUGUGGGCAUUGGGGUUGGCAGUCUUAAUCUUGAUGUAUACACCUGGGCUAACAACACACUCACGAUGAAAUACCCUCCAUUCCAACCUUCAGCCGACUAUUUGGUGGAAGGUCGGAAGGUCCCACAUUAUUUGAAUUAUGAUUUGGACUUCACAAUGAAUGUAAUACCUUGGUAUAAGUUCCCAUGGGCUGGCAGCAAACGUAGAGACUAUACUUUUGUGACUUACGAAUACAACCUCCUCAGAAAAGGAUUUCUUGAGGCAGGAACACAGAGCAAAGAACGGAUAGUUGUUAUUUCUGUCGAAAACGACUACUUCACCAAGAACGUGGAAUUGGCACAAUUACAUUCAUUUGAUGAGAUAAAUAGUUUAUUGCAUGACUUCUCUCUGAACUCGACAAUUGUUUUCCCCGAAGACAAAAAAUUGGUAUCAUUCUCUAAAGAAGAACAAACACCUUACAGCAAAGUCGAAAUUUUAAUAUCUGAUGUAAAAAUACAAGACGAGUUGUUAUACAAACUCAAAAAGUAUAUUUUGUUUGGUGAGGUUCCCAGUGGGGUAACGCUAUCUGAGGAAUACACUUUCUUAAACAUUCUCUCGAAAAGCACAUUAAAGACAAACAAAAUAGAUGGCUGUAAAAUGACUGAUCUCAAAGAUGAAAAAUGCAGAGAGUGCAAUGAAGGGUAUGUAAUGAAAGAUUGGAAAUGUUUUCCAUUUAACACGAUAGAAUAA